CAUCAAGAAAGGAAGGUACAUCAAGAUCGGGGACAAGGAGUGUGAGUACAGCCCCAACUUCCGCCUCAUCCUGCACACCAAGCUGGCCAAUCCCCAUUACCAACCAGAGAUGCAGGCGCAGUGCACGCUCAUCAACUUCACCGUCACCCGCGACGGCCUGGAGGACCAGCUUCUGGCAGCUGUGGUCAGCAUGGAGCGACCCGACCUGGAAGAGCUGAAGUCCAACCUGACCAAGGAGCAGAACGGCUUCAAAAUCACCCUGAAGACCCUGGAAGACAACCUCCUGUCCCGUCUGUCUUCCGCCUCCGGCAAUUUUCUGGGGGACACGGAGCUGGUGGAAAACCUGGAGAUCACCAAGAAGACGGCAGCAGAAAUCGAAGAGAAGGUCCAAGAAGCCAAAGUGACGGAAGCCAAGCUGAAUGAGGCGCGAGAACACUACCGCCUGGCCGCCGCCCGCGCCUCUCUCCUCUACUUCAUUAUGAACGACCUCAAUAAGAUCCACCCCAUGUAUCAGUUUUCUCUGAAGGCAUUCAGCGUGGUCUUCCAGCAGGCCGUACAGAAGGCGCCGGCAGACGAGGUCCUCAAACAGCGUGUGGCCAAUCUCAUAGACAGCAUCACGUUCUCCGUCUUCCAGUACACGACGCGGGGGCUGUUCGAGUGCGACAAGCUGACUUACACCGCGCAGUUGGCCUUCCAGAUCCUGCUGAUGAACAAAGAGAUAAACACGACCGAAUUAGACUUCCUCCUGCGGUACCCGGCCCAGCCCGGCCUCACCAGCCCAGUGGACUUCCUCUCCAACCAGUCCUGGGGUGGAAUCAAGGCUCUCUCCACCAUGGAUGAAUUCAGGAGCCUGGACCGAGACAUCGAAGGGUCAGCCAAGCGCUGGAAGAAAUUUGUGGAGUCGGAAUGUCCCGAGAAGGAGAAGUUCCCCCAAGAGUGGAAGAACAAGACGUCCCUCCAGAGACUGUGCAUGAUGAGGGCCAUUCGUCCCGACCGCAUGACCUACGCUGUCAGGGACUUUGUAGAGGAGAAGUUGGGUAGUAAAUAUGUUAUGGGACGAUCUCUGGACUUUGCCACCUCAUUCGAAGAGUCUGGACCGGCCACUCCCAUGUUCUUCAUCCUGUCGCCCGGUGUGGACCCUCUGAAAGAUGUAGAGAAACAAGGGAGGAAGCUGGGCUACACAUUUGACAAUGAGAAUAUGCACAACGUCUCGUUGGGACAAGGACAGGAGAUUGUGGCUGAACAAGCCUUGGAUCUGGCAGCCAAAGAAGGACACUGGGUCAUCCUACAGAACAUCCACCUGGUGGCCAAGUGGCUGAGCACUCUGGAGAAGAAACUGGAACAUCACAGCGAAGGGAGUCACAAGGAGUUCCGAGUCUUCAUCAGCGCCGAGCCGGCCGGUUCACCCGACGGGCACAUCAUUCCACAGGGCAUCCUGGAGAACUCCAUCAAGAUCACCAAUGAGCCGCCUACUGGCAUGCACGCCAACCUACACAAAGCUCUGGACAACUUCAACCAGGACACUUUAGAGAUGUGCGCCCGGGAGACGGAGUUCAAGAGCAUCCUGUUCGCUCUGUGUUACUUUCACGCCGUGGUGGCGGAGAGGAGGAAAUUCGGGCCCCAGGGCUGGAACCGCUCCUAUCCCUUCAACACCGGAGAUCUCACCAUCUCCGUCAACGUUCUGUACAACUACCUGGAGGCCAAUGCCAAG